CACAAAAGCCUGCAUGGUCCAUGUCUAAUUCAAUAUCGCAUCAGGCCUAGAGGGUGAAUUUGUUGUCAUCCUGGAGCCAAUUGCCAGUCACUACAUGCAAGUGCGCAUAGCGACAUUUCCGCAAAGGCUUACAACUGCUGUGUUUUAUCGAAAGCAAAGCCAUCACUGUUCGACGCCAUACCUGCUUCCAUUGAUAUCAUCACCUCAUCACGCUAUCCCCCGCCAGAGGAUAUAUACACCCAAGCUACGUCGACACUUCUCUGCUUCAGCCCCAGUCACCGACAACAAAUCGUCUGGAAGUCCCACGACCUUGAAGAAUGUGGACUUCUGGCCAGAGCCAACUCCAUCUCAAGAUGCAGCCGCUCCAGAGUCUGCUGAUUCGGUAGAUUCGGAUGAAAAGGCUGCAGAGGCAGCAAAAUGGGAAAGUAUUCUUGAGGAUGCCUUCUUUUACGGCAUCCGCUCAAAGUCCCGGUUGCUGUUCGAGUCAGACGUUGGUCACCUUGAGAACCGUGACACUCGAAUAACCGAUCUACCCCCAGCCAGACAGAAUAUCGAUCUCUGGCUUGUCCUGCUUCGAGCUCAAGCGCUACAUAAUGGCCAUGAUGGCAUCAAAGCCAUUUACCAUGGCAUCACGAGUCGUGGUACGCUAGUUAGGCUGGAAGGUGACGACCCGAGUGUGUCAGCAUUAUGGCAGGUCUUUCUUGCUGCUGGCUCCGUUGACUUCGAAUUCUUACGAACCCUUGCCGGAGAGGCUCUGAGCUAUGAUCUUCACCGGCCUUAUAUCUUUAGGGAGAUUGUGGGUGCGGCAUUAGAGGGGGACACGCCCGCUCGAGCAACUGAGCUUGCUCAGUUUCUCUAUUCGCGUUUUCGAGGAAAAGAAGAUCUCUCGCAUAUCUUUUUGAGCAUGACACGUUCGAGUUCUCCUCAAGCAUUAACCUCCUUCUGUAAUGUUUACAGCCACUUGCCUAGGGGCAACAUUUAUGCCGACGUCAUUCCUCAACUUUGGAGCCUGGAAAGAUUUUCGGACGCUUUUGAUCUGCAUUUUUUUCUGUUGUCGAAAGGUGAUCUGCCACCGACUUUUGAAGUACUUCAACCUCUGAUUGUGCACUUGGUUCAUCAGGAGGAAAAUGGGCAGAGUCAGGAGCAAAGAUUGAACACAUUCCUUGGCCCGCUAAAAAGAGCAGGCGCUUCGUUUGAAGCUCAAACCCGGCGCUUUUGGGCUCUUGAAGCGAGCAAGCUCACCGAACAUUCUCCAGAGACGCUCAACACCGUUGCACACCGACAGCGGAGACAAAGUCCUCGGAAAUUCAGCGAUACCUUUGUUGCACGAGCAUUUGCAACGCGCGCUAUUCCGUUCGAGUUCACUGUAAACAGUCUAAUUCCUAUGGGUUUGGUCGAAGUGGGACCCCAAUCGGUGCGCGAAAUGGUGUCUUCAUCACCAGAUCUCGCAACGGUCCAGAAUCGUUUCAAACUUCUUCAGGACCGUGGGAUUGACACAGGCUCGUCGGCCUAUGUCCGCACCUUGCGCAACACCGCGUCUGCUGGCCGAUGGGAGAUUCUUCGAUCUUUGGUGGAUAAUGACAUGCACCACCAAGUCUUUGAAGACGAAAACACCCAGCUUCAGUUCCUUUUAAAAUAUUAUCGGUCCAACGAGUGGCCGAAACUGAAUAGAACGCUCGCCGUUCUGAAUCUUGGCAAUUUCGGAGAGGAAGAAAAUCGACAGGCCCAAGGUUUUCUCCUGCGGGCGAUGGCGCAGUUGAAACACUAUCAGGGUAUGAUCCGCUUACUGUCUGAUAUGCGAAUGCAUCGAGAAAAGACCCCGAUGAUAGAUGCAGUUGUACGCGACGUGCUCACCAGCCUAAGGGAUGACAUUCACCGACAUGUCCUUGACAAACAACGCGAUUCCGGGGAUCUGACUACAGCACACAUUGGAAUCUUGCAGCAGCUGGCGGGUGCUGGUGCGCUGAUCCCAUUGCGAACGUGGCAGUAUAGUUUAUUCUCCCUCGGAAAAUUGGAUCGACUGGAAGCCUUGGCACGUCUUUCAUACUGGCUCGCUGAAUUCUAUCAACCAAAUGCUAUAGCUGCGCAUUACGAUCUCAAAGGCAAACGACUUCCUGCACGCGACACUGACCUGAGGAGGGUUUUCACUCCCGACUACCAAAAGGGACUGAUGGCCUGGGCGUUCCGCCCACGAUCCUGGCAGACCAAGGCGGUCAAGACUAAAAAGCUGUUAUUUGCCGAGCGCUGCCUCAGAUGGGCUCCUAUUUUGAAACGACUCAGGGACCAAUAUAACGUCCCUGUCGAUGAGGAACAGAUUCAGGAAUGGUACUUGGACAGAGUCCGAAUGCUGUUCUCGAUAUCCAACUAUGGCUUCGAAGAGCAAUACAACAACGUUCAACGGGAACGUAAUCCUCACCCUUAUUGGCUUUAUUGGGCACUGUACGAUGCGAGGUGGCAACCACGAUCCAAGCCACUUCGGUAUGAGAAGAGCUUCCUUUUGCUAGGCUUACUCACUUCGGGCCGCCAGGAACGCAGGUACAAACUGCGGCAGCAGAGGUUGUCUGAUACAAGGAAGCAUGUCUCUGGACCUGCGGAAAUUCGAGCGGCCCUAGCAGCAAGAGACGCAGAACAAGAAGAAACGGAGGAAAGCGGGUUCGACGAGUCGACUAAGGAAGAUCUAACUGUUUUAUAUAGGGACCGCGGGCCGUCCCGGACGACAAACUGAAGACGUACAGAAGAGAAUCAUAACUGAAGUUUGUCAUUAGGUUGUUAACUCAAGACAUCAUCAUGACCGUGGACGAGUAAUCGAUGUCCAGUCCUCAGAUACCACGUGAGAGAUUCCGUAUAAAAGUGGCAUCAUU